UGAGUGGACGAGUCCUUGAUGGGGGGGGUCUCAGCGGUGUCGCGGGGGAAAUGUUGGGACAGUACGGCUCCGAUGGCGAAGUCGGAGGCGUCAGUGGUGACAUAGAAAUGGCGAGUGGGGUCGGCGAUCUUGAGGACAGGGGCCGUGGUGAUGGUUUGCUUGACGGAGACAAUAUGGCCGAGGUAUUCGAUGCUCGAAGUGGCAAACGUACAUUUGCUGAGCUUGGCAUAGAAUUUUUGCUCUCGGAGGAUUGCGAGGACUUGGCGGAGGUGCUGAAGGUGGUACUCGAAGGUGGGGCUGAAGACAAGGAUGUCAUCAAGGUAGACAACGACACAGACUUCGAGGAGGUUGCGGAAGAUGUGGUUCAUGGUGGAUUGGAAGGUAGCGGGGGCAUUGGAAGUGAUGGAGGUGGUGUCUUCGGGGGUGAUGUGGUGGAAAAAUCGGGUGCGGGAGGUGCCGGGGGGGGCCAGGUGGUGGGGGUGGAGGAGUCGAUCGUGGUGGAGCAUGCGAGAGAGGAGGUCAGCAAGGGGCAUGUCGGGUUCGUGGGCGAGGGCGGUUGCAAGGUCUUUGUGGCAUACUCGUUUGAUGCGGGAGAUGAACGCACAGUCGGGAAUGACGGUGUGGGGGAGGUGGUGUCGGAGGGAGCGGACGUAUUGGACGAAGCGGUCUGUGGGACCGGUCUGGCAGAGGUGGCAGAAUUGUUCAAGGUAGUCGUCAAUGGUAUUCUGGGGGCGGAAGGUGGCAGUCAGGAGGGUGGCCCAUUGGAGGAAGGUGGGGCGUGGUCCUCCGGAGGCUCGGCGGUUGCUAGCUUCAGCCAUCCACCAUUUGGCUGCAUUGCCGAGGAGGCGGGAGGUGGCAAUGGGGAGCCAGUGGGCAAGGGGCAUGUGGUGGAGCUGAAAAGAGUUCUGAAGCAAGAUGCGCCGGAUGAGGGAGGAGGUGGAGGGAACGGAACGAUGGUGGGGAUUGAGGGGUUGGUGGAUAAGGCGGUAGAGGUGGUAGGAGUGGAGGAGGUCGGCGGGGGGGUGUUGCUAGAGGCGGCUGUGGAGGAGGGAGUGGUUUGCGCUGUGGGGGUUGGAAUGGUUUGCACUGUGGGAGUUGGAGUGGUUUGCGCGGCGGUGACGACCGUGAUGGAGGGGGUGGUCCCUUCGAGCGUGGUGACGCGGUCACAUAUGGACGACAUGUUGGCCUUCAUGUCGUCGAGAGAGGCGGUGACGAAGGUUCGGAGGGUGUUGAGUGCGUGGAGGAUGGCGGAGAGGUCGAGGGUGGCGGUGUUUGUUGGUGGUUGUUCGCCUACGAGGUUGCGGGCGAUGCUAUCAACUGAGUCGGUGCAGAUGUCAGACAUGUUGAUGGAGGAUGCGGCCAUGUCAGGGGAAGAGGGGGUGGACGACGUGGCCUGAACGGGUGUGGAGGAUGCCGCAGCAGUGGUGGCGGCGGCGGCGACGGCACGUUGGGAGUUCUUAGUUUGGCGUGGUGGCAUGUGGAGGGUGGGGGGGGAAUCCCUUAUUUAUUUAUUAAUAAAUUCAAAAAUAAAGAUAAUACGCAAGUUUUUUUCAAAAAUUAACGCUGAACAGAAAGAGUUAAUUAAUUUCGAAAAAAUAAAUUCCGAUUUGGAUUUAAAUUUAUUUACAAGAAAACAUGAAAUUUCGAAAGAAAAUAUUUUCGAAUUACGGGGGAAAAAUGAAGAAAUCAAUAAAAUUUUGAAAA